AUGACAAAGCUUUCAGCAAAGGCGCGAGCCCGGCUGGCCAGCCUGGCCAUCAGCCUGUCCUUCUGGCUCGGAGGCGUGAGCCUCGUUGCUAUCAAAUGUGUUGCCUACUUCAUGUCCGGGAGUGAGCUGAUCAAAGCCUCCGUGUUUGAAUCCCUCGGUGAUGUUAUGAGCAGUGCGAUUUUAGCUGUGACGCAGAUGAGAGUUCGAGAUCAGAGUGACAUGCACCUCUACCCCACGGGCAAGAAGCGUUUCACUCCUCUCGGCAUUCUCUUCUUCUCGGCUUUCGCGGUGUCGACGAUGAUCAGCCUGAUCAUCGAGAAUAUCGAGAAGCUCUUCGGGCCAGAGCCUCAGAAGACGCCGAUUUUUUCAUCGAAGUGCGCUUUUCUGCAAAGUGUGGAACAGUGCUUCUCUCCGAGGAGUUCCGAGGAGGAGGAGCGCAGGGAGCUGCUGACACGUCUCUUCGAUGAGCAGCCCAGGUUGCGCCAGCACCUGGGUUCGACACAGCUGGAGGAGAUGAUUGAGAGCUACGUCGAGGAGGAGGCCGCUGCAGAAGCGGCACCGCACUCCCUUGUGGUGCUGCUCUUUAUCUGCAUCCUUAUCAAGGCCUUUCUCCUGAUCUUCUGCCUCUACGCAGCGAGGCAGGCAGACUCCGAGAUCGCGCGAACAGUGUCCAUGGACCACCGGAACGAUAUCUUGGGGAACGGGCUGGUGCUGCUGAUCGUGGCCGGCAGCGCGUAUUGCAGAAGUACCGGACAGGGCGGCGACUGGCUUGACAAGGUGGAUCCCGCCUCUUCCAUGUUGUUGGCCGUCUACGUCCUCGUCUGCUGGAUGUCCACCGCGAACGAGCAGCUCCGAGUUCUCUCAGACAAGCGAGCGGAGGAGGAACACACGGAAGCCGUCGUCAAAUUCACGCAGGAGCGACUGGCCAACAGCGGUUUCGCCCUCACGAAGGCAUCCACCUUUCAUGUUGGCGAAGGGUACGCUGUCAUACUGGAUCUCACAGCCAAGGAGAGCGUGAAGAUGAGUGCGACGGAGAUUGCAGUCUUCUUGGAGGGGCUCGAGCAAGCAGUGAAGAGCGCAGACUUGGAGGCUAUGGAAGUGCACGCCAAGCUGCGCACACUGAACAAGUCGAAUAGUUCUGACAGUAUGGCCUGGGUGACAGAGUACAGAUGA